AUGAAAAAUCCUGCAACCCCUAUGAGAAUAAGGGCAACAAAUACACCUAUACCAAUACCAAUCUUUGCACCCAAUGAAAUUGAAUCGAUUGGAUCUUUAUUAUCGUCAGGGUUUGUUCCAUAUAUGUUUGAUGCAUCAAAAGUGUUAACCCAU